GUAUACCUGUAUGUCACACCUACUUCACACACUCAGCUAUGUAGCCGUGAUUUCUCCAGUUCAACCUGCUCGUCAGGCUUGUGUCAGGAUUCUAGAUUUCUUUCUCGUGAGGAAAACAACAACAGCGGCAAUGGAUUACAAAGAACAGGUUGCUGAAAUCGAAGCCUCCGCCCACUUCGGAGACCUGAUUGAAUUCGCGUAUCCGAUUGGCUACUCACACUGGGGCGUGUACGACGGAGACGGAUACGUCAUUCACUUUGCAGUCGCAGAUGAGACGCAGCUGAUGAACACGUUCCGUGGUUACCUGCAGACCAUGUUCCCACUGUGCGGUGAUCUCCUGCUCGGAGAGACACGGAUCCGCCGCCAACAACUUGCAGAAGUCAACGUCCCCAAAGGAGCGCAUGUGCUGGUGAGCAACACCCGGCACGCACUGAAACCCUCAGAGCCACAGGAUAUGAAGCGACGGUGUGACGCCCUGCUGGACAAACAACUUCCUUACAAACUGUUCGCUCAGAACUGCGAACACUUCGCCACAUUUGUACGCUACGGAAAAGCAGUGUGUAACCAGAUUCCAGGAAAAACCAAAAACAAGGAAUGUGAAGAGGCGACCAAAGUGUUUUCAGACAUUGUGUGGAGAGAGACUUCAUGACCUGUGACAGACACGGAAAAAUCUAACCAGAACAAUACACAUGCCCUUAACACAUAAGUCUUAUUUGUUUUUACAGGUUUGCGGUGUGUUUCCUGCUCUAACACACCUCUACACCUCCUCAGCUCAUUAACACACCUGAGUGAGGUGUGUCAGGGCAGGUAAAGCAUUAAACCUGGCAGGCUAUAGUUAGAAGGGAGGAGCAGUGAAGUUAAAUAUUUCUAAGCCUAAAUAUGUAUUGUUCGGGUUUCUCUAAUGUUGCAAUUUAUUUAUAUGUGUGUGGGUAUUUCACAACGACUCUAAUAAAAAAUAUUAAUUCA